AACUUUAGCUUACAUUAAUUAAUUUAAUUAAUUUCAUUCAUCACAAUGUCUACAGAAGUUAAAAAGGAAAGUGAAAGUGCACGUGAGGACGAGCAGAAGGUUAUUAAAACUUUAGAAGAAGAUGAUGAAUUCGAAGAUUUCCCUGAAGAUGACAAGUUCGGUAACCAACCCAAAGUCAAUACAGCAAAUUUAUGGGAAGAAGAUUGGGAUGAUGACGAUAAUCAAGAUGAAUUUUCAAAGAAAUUACGAGAAGAGUUGAAGAAGGCACAAGCCUAAAUAAAUAUGGUUUUAGGUUAAGAUUUUCAUUUUAGUUUUAGUAUUAGUUUUGGUUGUGUUUCGGGUUCUGUACAUUAGUUAGGUACAUACUUACAUAUAUUUAUGCAUAGAAGUUA